AUGGCGCCUUUUGCUUUGAUCGGUGACAAUGGCGGAGAUGCAGAUGUUAAUGCCAGUGGCAACAGCAGCAAUAGCCGCGGAGGGAGUCCAUUGACUAGCGCCUCUCAUAGUCAUAACAGCAACGGCAGCAAGGAAAUCAACAUCCCAUCGCAUCCACUUAACGAUCAUCAUCAUCGUCCGCAAAAAAACCAACACAAUCAAGGCAUACCUGACGACAGUAAGAUGGUGAGGAAGAGGGUGGCUUCGGAGAUGGAACUCCAGACUGGCCAGUACCAUCAUAGGUUUCUCCGCCGAACAGCCGUUACCACAGUAAAUCCUCUAGCCGACGUUGGUGUUCUCUCUUCCAAUCCGGGUCUUCCUUUGGCCAGUACUAUUGCUUCUGGUUGUGGAGAUGUUAUUAUCCACCCUAACCCACAUUCCACCCACGUCCCCAACUACUCCACUAUGCUAACUUCUUCUAAGAAUUUGAGCGUGACGUCAGGCGGGUCUGGGUCUGCCUUUACUACCACAAACGUAACAUGCACAGACUCCUUAUCACCUCAUCCUCAUCUUCCUCUUCAAGCAGAUCAAACUCAGAUCCCUUCCGUUUGCGUUUUCUCGGGUCUGCCCCUAUUCCCUCCUGAAAGAAAUCGAAUCACAGCCGGGGUGGGUGCCAGUCCGCAGCAGCUUCCUGCUUCGGCUGCUGUCGUAGCGGCCCCUUUUGCUUCAACCUCAAAUACCAGCAGCAUUAGUACGACGAUUGCUUCCAUGGAAGAUGUCACGGCAACGGCAUGGAUAGACGGGAUCAUAAAGGAUCUUAUCCACAGCACUACCCAUGUCUCAAUACCUCAGCUCAUCCAAAACGUGAGGGAGAUCAUAUACCCUUGCAAUCCUAAUCUCGCCACCCUUUUAGAGUAUAGGCUCCGAUCUCUGACGGAUCCGAUCCCCAAUUACCCGGAGAGGAGAAGAAAGGAAUUGCUGUCCGCGGGUAUGCAGAGGCAGCAACCCCAUGCUGUUCAUGUCCAACAAGGGCAGGUACUAGGGCCAUCUGGACUAAGACUCUAUGUGGAUUCCAAUCUUGACAACCGGUUGCCCCAUACACUUCCAGAUUCUGCCGCUUCGCAUGCCAUGAAUCAAUAUUUAAACUGGGGACUCACAUUACCCACUACCACUAGCACUACCACCAACACAGCCGGUGGAAACUGCAGCCCACAGCUUCACAACAACAGCCCUACCAGCCAGCCUCCCGCUGCACCUGUCCUUCCUUCAAAUCAAUUGCUGCAGUCACAGCAACAGCAGUUUCCUGAGGCCCUAUCCAAAGAGCAACGACAGCAAGACUGUGUGGCUGCGCCAACUGAAACUGCAGCUGCAAUUACCACAACCAAACCCAAUAUCACAAGGGAGAAGAAAGAAGAAAAAUGGCAGCAAAAGAGAGACGAAGAUGGUCUGCACCUCCUUACCUUGCUCCUUCAGUGUGCGGAGGCUGUAUCGGCCGAUAACCUCGAAGAGGCGAACAGGAUGCUGCUUGAGAUCUCCGAGCUUUCAACGCCAUUUGGAACUUCGGCGCAACGGGUGGCUGCAUACUUUUCCGAGGCUAUGUCUGCAAGGCUGGUGAGCUCGUGCUUGGGGAUAUACGCGACGCCGCCAAAGGUGCCGCAUAGGCAGAAGAUAGUGUCCGCCUUCCAGGUGUUCAAUGGGAUUAGCCCUUUCGUUAAGUUCUCGCAUUUCACGGCCAACCAGGCCAUACAGGAAGCUUUCGAAAGGGAGGAUAGGGUGCACAUCAUAGACCUCGACAUUAUGCAAGGCCUGCAGUGGCCGGGACUUUUUCACAUCUUGGCAUCUCGGGCCGGGGGACCUCCCUUCGUUCGCCUCACUGGCUUGGGCACCUCAGUGGAGGCCCUUGAGGCCACAGGCAAGCGCUUGUCAGAUUUUGCAGAGAAAUUGGGCCUUCCGUUUGAGUUCUUCCCAGUUGCUGAGAAAGUAGGGAACUUGGAUCCGGAGAGGUUGAAUGUGAGCAAGAGGGAGGCCGUUGCCGUCCACUGGUUGCAACAUUCCCUCUACGAUGUCACCGGCUCUGACACCAACACCCUCUGGCUGUUGCAAAGAUUAGCCCCAAAAGUGAUGACCGUGGUAGAGCAGGACCUGAGCCAUGCGGGAACUUUCUUGGCAAGGUUCGUAGAAGCCAUACACUACUACUCCGCACUCUUUGACUCGCUAGGGGCAAGCCACGGGGAGGAGAGCGAGGAGAGACAUGUAGUUGAACAACAGCUUCUGUCAAGGGAGAUUCGGAACGUUUUAUCAGUUGGGGGUCCGUCCAGGAGUGGGCAGGUGAAGUUUAACAAUUGGAGGGAGAAGCUACAGCAGUGUGGGUUCAGGGGCAUCUCUCUGGCAGGCAAUGCUGCCGAACAGGCCACCCUCUUGCUGGGGAUGUUCCCUUCCGAUGGUUAUACACUGGUGGAGGACAAUGGCAUCCUCAAGCUUGGUUGGAAAGACCUCUGCUUGCUCACUGCCUCUGCCUGGAAGCCCUCCUUGCACUUGCACACCACUACCAUCUCCCAUCACUUGCCAUACUUGACGACGGACUAGCAAUUGCGAAUAGCCUUGAUUGCCAUUGAUCAUCAAUUGCCGUACUUGUUUGUUUGGUUGUUACCUGGGUACAUUUCUCACUUUUGCUCUCAGAUGAUGAUUUUACAAAUGUGCUCAUUGAUAGUCGGAUCAAGAGCCAGGCCCUAAACCUCAAAGCACCACUCCAGAGGUAGACAAAUUUCCCUAUGCUAUCGGUCUUGGAGCGACGACAAACUUGGAACUGGUAGGAUGUCAAGUAAGGGCAUGACUUAAAUCUUUGUAUUUCCUUGAAAUUCAG